AUGGCCAUCGCGCUGAAACAAGGACUGAAAAAAAUGCAAAAGAAUGCUCCAAGCGAAUUGCUCCCUGCGGUCACCAUUCUCGUUCCAACAAAUCGCGCGCUUCUCGCCGCGAGCCUGAACCCCGCUUUCCUGAUCGACCUCAUUCAAAACAAGAAGAAGGUACAGGGUAUCGCCAAGUCCCCGCCUAUAGGGAGAAUUUUUGGAAGAAACACCAGCUGGCACUCCGCACCCAGCCACCCAGCCACGAACUACAGAGUCAAAUUGGGGGAGUAG